UUAGGGGAGAGAGAGAGAGAGAGAGAUAGUCACUACUACUGCUGAUAACUAUAUGGGUGUACAAAACAAGGAGUGUUUGAGUAUCCCCUAAAGGCGACUCGCGCUCUGUGUUUAUUAGUUUGUGUAAACAAAACAUGCACGUGGUGGUCACAGAAAAAUAUUGUGUGACCAAUAAGAAAGUAAAAGAAAGGGGGUCACAUUCUGGCUUAGUGAGCAUUACAGGCUGUUGUGGUACUGUAUGAAAUGACAUAAGGCUCUUUUGUUACUCCUGUCUUGUACUUUGAGAACGCACGCAUAUUUCAGGGAACAAAAGGGCGGUGAACAUACAGAUCAGUGAGGAAGAUCAGAAUCUGUUUUAAAUGGUUUCAUCUCGAAAUUCAGGGUGUGCAGUUCGGAAAAUAUUCUGGAAAUUGAAAUAAAUUAACAUAACUAUACAUUAAAUAACUCACGACAACAAGUGGAAUAGUGGUGCAUAGUUGUAUACACCAUUUGCAUAUAUCAGAGCAGGUGAGGUAAGACCAACCUACCUGGAUGCUAAUCAUUGGCCAGGAAGAUGUCAGCCUUCACCAACACGGGAACAGAUGUGCUGCAGCGGCAAAUGGCUGAAGGUGACUCCCGGGCUGCCUCUCUCACCCUGCAGGACAUGUAUGAGAUCAACCGCUGCGUGGCAUGGGUCAGGCAGGGCCAGCACCACAAGGUUUGCCUACAAUUUCCUGAUGAGUUGCUUGGAGAUGCUGCAGCUGUGGCUGAGGCCUUAACAUGUCAACUGGGUCACCCGGUAUACAUCCUUGGAGACACAACAUAUGGCAGCUGUUGUGUUGAUGAGGUGGCAGCUGAGCAUGUGGGCGCUGAUGCUGUGAUACAUUUUGGCAACACCUGCCUGAGUCCCUCACAACGACUGCCUGUGUUGUACAUCCCCACCAGGCUACACGUGGACACUACCUGGGUGGUAGAGCAGCUCAAGGCAGCUUUGGAGGAAGUGAAUGAUAAUCACCCAUUGGUUUUUCUUUUUGAUACCAGGUGUCAGUAUGUGGCAGGUGAAGUGUUUUCAGAGUUGCAUAUCUUACUACCUCACCUGGUGUGCUCCAACCUGGAGGGUGUGAGGUGUGAGGAAUACACAGCUCCUGACACAGAGGAGAAACUUGCCUGUCACUCACAACACAGGAAAAAAAAAGGGUCCAGUUGUAAUGAGCAAAAUGCUGAUUGUUGUAAUGUGUGUGAGACUUGCAACAUUGACUCCAAAUGCGACUGUUAUGACUCAGGAAAGUCCCAGGAAUAUAUUGAGCAAAAUGUUCCUAUCAACAGUCAUAAUGAAUAUAGGACAUGUGAAGACUCCAUCAGUGUUAGGGAAAAUACAGAAAAUAGCCACAGAGAAGUAAAGUUCAGUGGACGACGUGCAUUGUUACCAAGUAAUGUUGAUAUUAAGGAAUGCAACUUUAUUUAUUUAGGUCCCAAAGGACCUACCUUGGACAGCCUUCUUUUACGUUUUGCCAACAGCACUUUUUACCACCUGCCUCUGAGUGGUGGUGACGUGCAGAAAAUCUCUGGGAUGCAGAGUCUCUUUCGUCGCAACAUCAAACUGGAGAUGAUUCGAGACGCUCAUAUCAUUGGCAUCUUGGUGGGAACACUGGGUGUUGCCAGAUAUCGAGAGGCAAUAGCCAGGCUCAAGAUGGUCAUCAAAGCUGCUGGGAAACGAAGCUACACAUUUGUUGUCGGCAAACCCAACGAGCCAAAGCUGGCCAACAUCUCCGAGAUUGAUGUCUUUGUCUACGUGGCAUGUCCGGAGACAACAAUAGUGGACCGUGCCUCAGAUCCCAUCCUUUAUAGGAAACUGGUGGCUCCAUGGGAGGUGGAGGUGGCCCUGGUGGCUGGCCAGGAAUGGAGCAUGAACUUUGAGUCAGACUUCAGUGCCCUGCUGCCUGGUGGAGUGAACUAUGUAGCGGUGUGUGAGGCAGCUGGGCGGCAGGAGGCAAGCGUCUCCCUCAUCACAAACCAAACACAGACACUUGGGUUAAGGGACAGCAGUGAGGGAGGCACUGCAGGCCCAGUAGUGGUGCAGGAGGGCAAGGCUCUGGCAGCCCUCCAUGUAGGUGGUGGUGGGCAAGUUCUUGGGGGACGCUCUUGGGCUGGGCUGGAUCCCUCCCAGCCUCCACCUGCUGCCAGUACUCUUGUGGUGGAGGGAAGGAAGGGUAUUGCUGCUGAAUACCAAGAUGAAAAAGUCUGAUUCCAGGAAAGUGUAAUCACUGCAUAGGUGCUGUGUAUCCUUCCAUAGUGUAUUGAACAUCAGACCUGCUUAGCUGGUAUGUACAGUAAACCCUUGUUAUGGCAGAUUUCUGCAUUUAACGGACAUGUAUGGCCUAUGGGCCAUCCAUUGGAUUCACCGAAUAAAUGUUGGUAAAUGAGGCAAAACAUCUGGCCAGCGGCUGGAAUGUUAACUGUGUAUUAUUAUUAUUAUUGAUAAUUCAUUAAGUGCUUACAACACACAUUCCACAGUAUUUUACAUCAGGUACAUGUUUGUCGUCAUCACAAAUAUUUUAUUACACUGUGGCGUGUUGACAUGUUUGGAGCUCCCUUCUAGUGGAGCUCAUCCUGGUAAGAAAUCAUGGUAAGCAGCAGUGGCAGUGAGGGAGUGAGUGAGGGUGGGAGGGAGGGAGGGUGUGGGUGGUGGUGGUGGUGGUAAGCACACACCACAUCGACCAGGGUUGCACUGUCUGCCACAAUUAUGGUAUUUCUGUCAUAAUUUGGUGCUUGUCUGCCAUCUGCCAUACAUUGUCUCCCAUACAUUAUGCCAUAAUGUGUAGAAAAAAUGUCAAUUUUCACAUUGUUGUAUGAUAAUUUAGGCUGGCCAGCAGAACAAUCCUGGCACCCCAGACACUGCUUCUGCCUCAGUCGAUCACCAGUUGAUAUUAUUAGAAGUUGUGGUGCUCCUGAUCCCCCCCACCCUUGAUCAAGAUGGCAUCUUCUCCCUCUCCCACUCACACUGCUAGGUGGAAAUCCUGUCCAUGGCACAGAAGAGAGAGAGAGAGAGAGAGAGAGAGAGAGAGAGAGAGAGAGAGAGAGAGAGAGAGAGAGAGAGAGAGAGAGGGGCUGGUAGGAUGGAUGGAGGGAAGGGAGGGGAGAGUAAGGAAGGGGGAGGGAGGGUUAGAGGUUGUGGAUCUUUUGACCCACUCACUGUCGCUUUUAUCGGAUUUUUACCUUUAAUGUCACUGGCUUUGCCCCAGUUAGUCCAGUAUAAAGAGGGUUUAAUGUACAGUGAAGUCUGUGUUCAUUGAAGAAAUAUAUUAACUACACCAAAUAAAAGCUUGCAUGCUCUAAGACAUGCAUUACAGAA